AUGUCUACACCUCGCCUUCAUCCGCCCUUCCGUGCCGAUCACAUUGGCUCACUGAAGCGCCCUGUGGCGCUUCUCAAAAGGCGCAAUGACUUCGACGACAGCAAGUGCACUCUAGAAGAGUUGCAAGUGGUAGAGGACGAGGCAAUCAGGGAGAUCGUGAGGUUGCAACGCGAAACUGGAAUAAAAUCAAUCACGGACGGCGAAUUCAGGAGACACAUGUUUUUUGAUGGCGUUUUCGACAACUUGGAGGGCAUGAAGUUUCUUCCCAAUGCGAAUCCUGCGAUGCUCAUGGAAUAUGUCCCGGAUAUCGCCGCGUUCAAAGCGACCGGCUUUAAGGGCGCUGACUCGUACAUCUGCGUUUCCAAGCUGCAGCGCACUAAGCCAUUCUAUAUUGCGCAGUUCGAGAGCUUAAAGAAGCUGACUGCUCCUGAAGAGCACAAAAACCUAAAGAUCACUAUGUGCGCCCCGGAAUGGUUCCAUCUGCGCCAUGGGCCUUAUGCCUACAAUACUGAGGUAUACAAAAAUGACGAUGAAUAUUUCGCAGACAUCGCAAUAGCGUACCAGGAAGAGAUCAAAGAUCUAUACGCCGCGGGAUGCCGGAAUAUCCAGUUCGAUGAUCCGAUCCUGGCGUACUUCUGCGGAGACUCUAUGCUCAGCGGGAUGGAGGAGCGUGGAAUCGACCAUGUUGGUCUGCUCAACACAUACAUCGGCACGUACAACAAGUGCCUUGAGGGCCGUCCCACCGACAUGACCAUUGGAAUUCACCUCUGCAGAGGUAACUUCAGGCAUGGCAUGCAUUUCAGCGAGGGCGGCUAUGACCGCAUCGCCAUCAAGUUGUUCCAGGAGAUCAAUGUCGAUUGCUACUACCUGGAGUAUGAUACCCAGCGUGCAGGUACGUUCGAGCCGCUGCGUUUCCUUCCCCGCAACAAAUCUGUCGUCCUUGGCCUGGUCUCGACAAAGAGUCCAAAGAUGGAAAACAAGGAUGAGCUUGUCAGGCGCGUCUACGCAGCUGCGGAGAUAAUCGCUGACGGACAAGAGAAGCGGUCCAAGGAGGAGGCUCUAAAUCAAAUAUGCAUCAGCCCACAGUGCGGCUUCGCGUCACACGCAGAGGGUAACUCUGUGACAGAGGAGGACGAGCGGGCCAAGCUGACCCUAGUAGUUGAGACAGCCAGAGCAAUCUGGUCCGAUUGCUGA